ACUCAUAUCAAAAACAAAAAAAAAAACUCCAAAUUACUGCUAGGAAGGAUUUAUACAAAAAAAUUCUCUCCGAUAGUAGAGUUACUAGAGAGAGAAUUAAAAUGCCAGAUCUAGGACUAGGAGGUAACCUCUCUCUCUCCUCUUCUCUUACUCUCACGCGCUGCCCUGCUCUCAAACCCAACUCUCCUCUCCCUCCUCCUCCCGAUGCCAUUGAUCAAUCAGAUUCAAUUACCUCAACGACGGCGACAAUAACUUCUGUUACAGUCAAAACCCUGGUUAAAUGGGACCAAAGUGUUCCAGAAGGAGCGGCAGAUUUGUGCAAUGGGAGUUCAAUUAGGGUUUUGAAGCGGACCAGUGCUAGCCGAUUGGGUUGCAAGAAGGGGUUUAAUAAUAAUAUUAGUAGUAAUAAUGGUAAAUGCUUGGAUGAUUACGUUAGGGUUUGGGUUCAGAAGAAGAUGGAUGCGGGUGUCUCACAAUCUCGCUGCCUUCUUCCUUUUCUUGUUGGUGCAAAGAAAAUGGUGGAAUGUCUCUUUUGCUGUAGAUCUAUCUACCCCGGGGAGGGAAUGCAAUGCUCUGUUCGUAACUGUCAGGGAGUUUAUCACUUGACAUGUGUUGUGGAAGGGCUUGGAGUCUCAAAUCUGAGAAAAUUCAAGUGCCCUCAGCAUGAAUGUUUCACUUGCAAAGGGAAAUUUCAUUGGCGGUGUGUUCGAUGCACAGUAGCUUCACAUAAUCAGUGUGCACCAUGGUCUGAUGAAGUAGUUUAUCUGAAAAACCAACCAGGACGAGCAGUUUGUUGGCGGCAUCCAACUAAUUGGCGGCUAGAUAAGAAGCAUGUGGUUCCAGCAACUGAUAUCGAGGAAAUAUUUUGUCGUUUGCCUCUACCUUACAUUGAUGAGGAGUUCAAGAUUGAUUUAACAUGGAAAGACCUGACAGAGAAUAAACUAGAACCACCUCCAUAUGUGCACAUCAGGCGCAAUGUUUACCUGGUCAAGAAGAAGCGUGAUGAUUCUGAUGGUGAUGUUGGAUGCACAAAUUGCAGCUCUACAUGCUGUGAGAAUUGUGUGUGCAGGGUUCAAUGUAUAAGCUGCUCCAAGGCAUGCCGCUGCCCUGAAACUUGCACCAAUAGGCCAUUUCGCAAGGAGAAAAAGAUAAAAAUUGUCAAGACUGAAUUUUGUGGUUGGGGAGUGGAGGCAGCUGAACCACUAAAUAAAGGCGAUUUUAUAAUUGAGUAUAUUGGAGAAGUCAUUGACGAUAAAUUAUGUGAACAAAGGCUCUGGGACAUGAAAUACAAAGGUGUGCAGAACUUCUACAUGUGCGAAAUUCGAAAGGACUUCACAAUUGAUGCAACUUUUAAGGGAAAUUCAUCUCGUUUUUUAAAUCAUAGUUGCAAACCCAACUGUAUCCUAGAAAAGUGGGAUGUCGAGGGGGAGACUCGGGUGGGAGUGUUUGCUGCUGGCUCAAUAAGAGUUGGAGAACCAUUAACAUAUGACUACAGGUUUGUUCGAUUUGGACCUGAGGUAAAGUGCUAUUGUGGGGCUCCAAAUUGUCAGGGAUAUCUUGGAACCAAAAGAAAGAUUGCUAAGUUGAACAUUGGCUGGGGUGCAAAACGAAAGAGAACAUCAACUGCAUGUGUAGCCAUUAUAACCAUGUGAUUCACUUUUUACACCAGCAUCCCAUUCCAGCUGGAGGAUUGUUGUACGUUUCUCCUCGUUUAAUGGAAACUGAAAGUAAAACUACUCUCUCUUUAUCCUUGCUGCUGUACCAUUCAAUCUUUGGCAUGAUUUUUUCCUCUUCAACUUUUUCGUAGCAUCCCCUUUCGACACACCCUGCAGGACUGCAAGAAAGCUUGUAAAUUUAUUUCCCUUAUUGGGAUUACCGUGUUGUAAUUCUAGAAAGAUUUCAACUUUUAACCACAAAUACACGAUUUGGAGGAUAAACAGAUUCAUCUGAGAUGCUGAUGCUCAUCCAGGUUUCUGCUCACAA